UGAUGACAUCACUGGAAUGCGCCGUUUUGCCGCGGCACGGUCUACGAGCCCCGGCUGGUGGCGCGAGCUUCGGAGUAAGGGGGAGGAGGGGGCGUGUGCGUGUGGUCGUCGUUGCGGAUCCCUCCACAAUUUUCAUGGAUCUCAAUAGUGCUAGUAGCAUUGUUCUUCAAGUCUUGACCCAAGCCACCAGUCAAAAUACUGCUGUGCUAAAACCAGCUGAGGAACAACUGAAGCAGUGGGAAACACAACCAGGUUUCUAUUCAGUAUUAUUGAAUAUCUUCACUAAUCAUACAUUGGAUGUAAAUGUGAGGUGGUUAGCAGUGUUGUACUUCAAAAAUGGAAUUGACCGCUAUUGGAGGCUAGUGGCACCACAUGCUCUUUCAGAAGAAGAGAAAUCUACAUUACGUGCAGGGCUUAUUGCCAAUUUCAAUGAGCCAGUAAACCAGAUUGCCACACAGAUAGCUGUUUUGAUUGCAAAGGUUGCUAGACUGGAUUGUCCUAGGCAAUGGCCAGAACUUAUUCCUACAUUGGUAGAAUCAGUUAAAGUUCAAGAUGAUCUUCGCCAACAUAGAGCUUUACUUACUUUUUAUCAUGUCACCAAGACACUGGCAUCUAAACGGCUUGCUGCAGACAGAAAACUUUUCUAUGAUUUAGCAUCUGGAAUUUAUAGUUUUACCUGUUCCUUGUGGAAUCAUCAUACAGAUACAUUCCUCCAGCACACUUGUACUAGAGAUGAAACUGCUAUGAGCAAUUCAUUAGAAAGGACUAUAUUAUCAUUGAAAGUACUUCGUAAAUUGACUGUCCAUGGGUUUGUGGAACCUCAUCGGAACAUAGAAGUGAUGGGAUUUCUCCAUGCCAUAUUUGAACGGUUGAAGCAAUUUUUGGAAUGCAGUAGAAGUAUAGGAGCAGAUAAUGUCUGCAGAGAUCGUUUAGAAAAAACAAUAAUUCUGUUCACUAAAGUGCUUUUAGACUUCUUGGACCAACAUCCUUUUUCAUUCACCCCUCUAAUUCAGAGAUCACUGGAAUUUGCUGUAAGCUGUGUUUUCACAGAGGCUGGGGAAGGAGUUGUGUUUGAGCGAUUUAUUGUCCAGUGCAUGAAUCUGAUUAAGAUGAUUGUAAAAAAUUAUGCUUACAAGCCAUCCAAAAAUGUGGAAGAUAGCAGUCCUGAAACCCUUGAAGCUCAUAAGAUAAAGGCAUCAUUUUUCACAUACCCAACAUUAACAGAAAUAUGCAGGCGGCUGGUCACUCAUUAUUUUCUGUUAACUGAGGAAGAGCUAGCAAUGUGGGAAGAGGAUCCAGAAGGCUUUACUGUGGAAGAGACAGGAGGAGAUUCUUGGAAAUACAGUAUCAGACCAUGCACAGAAGUACUCUUCAUUGAUAUUUUUCAUGAAUACAAUCAAACUCUUACCCCAGUUCUUCUAGAAAUGGUUCACAGUUUACAAGUCCCCACCAACAUGGAUGAUACCCAAGCUCUACUAAUUAAAGAUGCUGUGUACAAUGCAGUUGGCCUGGCAGCAUAUGAGUUAUUUGACAGCGUGGAUUUUGAUCAGUGGUUUAAAAACCAGCUACUAGCAGAAUUGAAAGUCACUCAUGACAGGUAUAAACCAAUACGGCGGCGAGUAAUCUGGCUAAUUGGACAGUGGAUUUCUGUGAAGUUCAAGUCGGAUAUGAGACCAAUGUUGUAUGAAGCAAUUUGUAGUUUGCUUCAAGAUCAAGAUUUAGUGGUCCGUAUUGAGACAGCUACCACUCUGAAACUUACUGUAGACGACUUCGAAUUCAGGACUGACCAGUUCUUACCAUAUUUGGAAACUAUGUUUACCCUGCUCUUUCAACUCCUUCAAGAAGUUAGAGAAUGUGACACAAAGAUGCAUGUUCUUCAUGUUCUGUCUUGUGUAAUUGAAAGAGUCAAUAUGCAGAUACGACCUUAUGUAGGAUGCUUGGUACAAUAUUUACCUCUUCUUUGGAAACAAAGUGAAGAACACAAUAUGUUGAGAUGUGCCAUCCUCACUACCUUAAUUCAUCUUGUCCAGGGCCUGGGAGCAGAUAGCAAGAACCUUUAUCCUUUCCUGCUCCCAGUUAUUCAGCUAAGCACUGAUGUUUCUCAGCCCCCUCAUGUCUAUCUUUUAGAAGAUGGAUUAGAAUUGUGGCUAGUGACAUUAGAGAAUAGUCCCUGCCUUACCUCAGAGCUGCUGCGAAUUUUUCAGAAUAUGUCUGCUCUUCUUGAACUAAGUUCAGAAAACCUCAGAACCUGCUUUAAAAUAAUCAAUGGCUAUAUCUUUUUAUCUCCGUCUGAAUUUCUUCAGGUUUAUGCAACUGAGCUCUGCAAAUCGUUUUGUGAGAUCUUAAAAGAUAUAACCACUGAGGGUCAGGUUCAAGUUCUGAAGGUUGUAGAAAAUGUUCUUAAAGUAAAUCCAGUUUUGGGCCCUGAAAUGUUUCAGCCUCUUUUACCAUCUGUAUUUCGUGGAAUUAUUAAUGGGGAGAGAUAUCCAGUUGUAAUGUCUACUUACCUGGGAGUCAUUGGUAGAGUCUUGUUGCAAAAUAAAGGAUUUUUUUCAUUGCUUCUGAACCAGAUGGCAUGUGAGCUUGGCCAGGAGCCAAACCAGCUUCUUGGUCACAUGAUUGAAAUGUGGGUUGACCGCAUGGAUAAUAUAACUCAGCCAGAGAGAAGAAAACUUUCAGGCUUGGCUUUACUUUCUCUUCUGCCAUCCAAUAAUAUUGUUAUCCAAGAUAAAUUUUGUGGUAUUAUAAACAUUUCAGUAGAAGGAUUGCAUGAUGUCAUGACUGAAGAUACAGAAACACGAACAUUCAAAGAUUGCAUGCUCAUGUCUGCUUCUGAAGAGCCCAAAGUGACAGAAGAAGAAGAGCCUCCCACAGAGCAGGACAAAAGGAAAAAGAUGCUUGCCCUAAAGGAUCCAGUACAUUCUGUAUCACUGCAGCAGUUUGUAUAUGAGAAGUUAAAGGCACAACAGGAAUUGUUGGGGGAACCUGGCUUUCAGGCACUCAUGGAAACUGUGGAUACAGAAAUAGUCACACAACUACAAGACUUCUUACAAGGAUUCUGAACAAGCAGAGACAAGAUUUUCUACACUUCUGUCUUCACUCUGAUCUUACAAGAGCAAAUUAAGUGGCUUUCCAUCCAAUGACAAAAACCAUCUUCUUUUUAAAAAGAGCUUCUCUUGGAAAUUAAGAAAGAAAAAGGCUAUGGCAGUGAUGUUUUUUUCUGAUUAAGAAAAGAUUGAAGUAAUAAAUAAGAGCUUUAAGACAAUAAUGAAAUAAUAAAUGCAAACUUUUAAGAAUAACCACCCAUGCUUGAUAUAUAGGACUGAAAUGUAUGUUUGGAGAACAGAUUUGCAGAAAAGAAGUUCUGUAAAAGCAGAUGUCCAAUCUACUGUUAAUGGAAUGAUGAUGGAUUUGAACUUGCAAUCAUGUGGUCUUAUUACUUAAGGAAGAGUGUCUAGAAAGGUUUUUGUCUAAGGAUACCAGCUUGCAUAGGCUGCCUUAUACAAUUGUUUACUAUUAACAUUGUAAUAAAAUGUAAAGUUUAACAAAAUUACAACAGGGGAGGAUGUAAAGCAUAUGUGUCAAGCAAUUUAAAUAGUAUCAAUACAGUAGUAUAAAUAAUGGAAAGGAUUUUUAAAGUUUCCUCUGUGGGGAAUUGAAUGCUUGUCUUUUGCAUGAAAAGAGAACUAAUGAAAUUGUCUGAGUGUUUUAAAUUUACUAUGUUGAUCCAUAUAAAAGGAAAGGGUUUAAUAUCUUUUCUUUUGUUUUAGUUCUACAGUUUUAUUUGAAAUGUAGCACAUAGCUCCAUUGAUGAAUUUAUUUAAGUGUGAGAGAUCUAAAAUAACUCUCCUAGGAUGGUGAGAAGUAAAAGGUACUGUUCACCAUGAGCAGGCAAAGGAAUAGCUUAUAUAUUUGCUGCUGUAGAAAACUACCCAGUAGAGGUGGCUAAGGAUGAUGAGUCAAAACUUACUAAUUGUCUAUAUUUCUAGAUUACUCUAGAAUAGUGAUUAUGAUGGACUCUGAAUAUUUGAGCAUUCAUCUUGGAAAAUGAGCACAGGUGAAAGAAGGAGAGCUCAGAAAGCUUCUAGGUUCCCAUGUUGUCAUUCAAAAAACAUACAUACUGUUUCCCCAUUCCGUCUGCCUGUUCUUGUCUCAUACCUCCUAUAUUAAGGAGAGGCUUUUUCUUUUUUGGCAAAACUUAUUUUCAAUUCUCUUCUGAUGUGAGAAAUUAGUUUUUAGGAAACAAUGACCACAUACUAACAAAACGUUAGUAUACCUAUGCAGAAAAAUCGCAAUGGUAUGUAACCACAGGGGGCAAAGAUCUUGUAAACUACAGAAUUCAAACUGUACUAGAAAAUAAAUUCUGAUGCUUCCAAACUACAAAAUAGUAAAAAUUCAAUUAAAAUUUUCAAGGAUG